AUGAAUACAGUUAGGAUUUUGCUAUUCUUGACUGCAAAUUACCAAUGGCAGCUUCAACAAUUUGAUAUUUGCCAAAGUGAUGCUAGUAAUGGAUAUAAGCAAAGUCAAGGGGAUCACACACUAUUUAUCAAUCACUUGGAUUCAGGGAAAGUCACAGUUUUACCUGACUUAGCAUAUGCUGUAAGUAUGAGAAGUCAAUUUAUACAUAAUCCGAAAGAGGUGCACCUACAAGCUGUAUAUCGUGUAAUACACUAUUUGAAGGCUAAUCUUGGGAGAGGUAUCUUGUUCAAAAGAAAUUUGAGGCUAAUACUAGAGGCAUAUAAAGAUGCUGAUUAUGCAUGUUAG